AUGUAUAGCAUCAGGUCACUGAAGCUGCAGUCACGCGGCGUAACCCACAUCCUGUUCGGCUUUGAGGCGCUAAGCCUUCGGAUCACAAUAGAUGCACCUCGCCCGGCUUGGGUCGACGCGCUGUACGAGAACAUGCAUGCUAUUCAAAAGGCAUAUGAAACCGAGAUGCAACGCGAGUUUCGACCUAUAAAGGCGUCUUACAACGAUCUCAAACGCAAAUGCGGAAAGCCAGCGUCGAAAGCACGCGUUUUAUCCAAAUCCUUUUCGUCAAUGGAUGGAGAAAGGCCAUGGGAUGACGAGGUAUGGGCCUUGUAUCGCGGAUGUGCGGCUGUCGAAGAUGCCGCUAGCACUGAGCGAGAGAGCGAGCGCACGAGGAGCAUUCCGUCCUGCCUCCAAAAGCGACUCUCCGACCGGCAGAAGCUCACGAAUCAGCACGCCGACGCGCGACAGGACGAAGGGGUAAAGUCUCGUAGAGCUAUGCGUCGUACUUGUGUUGAAGCGGGCGGCGGAGACUUGUUACGCACGGCGGUGAAGAAGCGAACGCCCGUGGUCCCUGGAAGAGAGCCAUCGGGGGUGAAUACGCGAGACCUCCUCAAAUGUAGAAACACGACGCCAGAUGAAAGAUAUCAUUCCGUUACUUUUAUCACUCGGGCGCAGAUUGAACGGGAGCCCGAGCAGGAGCGGCGCCAGCUCGUCGAUCAUGCGCAAUAUUUCCGUUCCAGAGAUCUACACGAGCGCGACCGCAUUCAAGACGGCGGUCGCAACAGGCCGCAACAAAAAGCAAAAGGAUCGGGACAGAGGGAGAAUGGUUGCUCUCUCUGCAUUCGAGAGGAUAUCUGCUUGGUCGCUGUGAUUGUGAUUGUGGAUGAAGACGCCGGCGACGACGCGACUGCUUCUUCUUGGCCUCAAGUCAACAAUGCAUUGUUGACUUGA